GGAGUUUCUCUUUCUCUCCGCCCGGCAGCGGCGGCGGCUGCGGCCGGGCGGCUGGAACCGGUUUGGGCCAGGGAGAGGCUCCUUCGUCAGCACACAGCAGCGCAACGCCGCGUCUCCUCCUCCUCCAUCAUCUCUCUAACACCGCCGGCGUGAAGAGCCGCCCUGCUCUGGGGAGAAGGAAGUUGCCUGAGGGGGAGAGCGAGAGAGAGAGCGAGAGAGCGCGACUCGCCGCCGCCAUCAUAGCCCAUCGCCCGAAACCCUCACAACCCCCCCUCUUUGGACAGGAUACAGCAGCUGUUGAACAUCCUUCACAAAUAUGGCCCCUUGUCGGGUUACCUUUGCAGUAAGAGGAAUAUCACCACCAGGAGAGUUUUUUGCCAUAUGCGGAAGCUGCAAUUCUCUGGGAAAUUGGAAUCCCCAAUGUGCAGUAAUCCUUCAGCCGGAGGAUGAGGCUGGUGAUGUUCUGCUAUGGAAAACUACAGUUGAGCUUCCUAGAGGAAAGGAUAUUGACUAUCGAUAUUUUCAAGGGACCUUUUUAGAACCCCAGACUCCCGAUGGUCCAUGCCAAGUCAUAAUUCACAAGUGGGAGACUCAUCUACCACCACGAUCAAUAACCCCUUUAGAGGAUGAGAUUUUCCUUGAGGAUGGGCACUUCGGAAUCUUUGAUGAUGUGGAGAGUGUCGAUUCUGGAUGGCUGACAUGUCAGACAGAAAUAAGACUACGUCUGCAUUUUUCUGAAAAACCACCUGUAUCAAUAACUAAGAAAAAGUUUAAAAAAUCUAGGUUUAGGGUGAAACUCACCCUUGAAGGCUUGGAGGAGGAGGGUGAAGAUGAAGAGGAUGAUAGACUGUCACCUACAAUUCAUCAUAAAAUGGCAAACACGUUAGAGAUUUCAUUAAUAAGUGAUACUGAAUUCAAAUCUCGGCAUUCUCAGCCAGAAUGUGGUUAUGGACUUCAGCCUGACCGGUGGACAGAAUAUACUAUACAGACCAUGGAACCAGACAACUUGGAAUUAAUCUUCGACUUUUUUGAGGAAGAUCUUAGUGAAGCAGUAAUACAAGGCGAUGAGCUUCCGGGCCAUGUGGGCUCUGCAUGUCUGUUAUCCUCCACUAUCGCAGAAGCAGGAAAGAGCUGUGGUAUUCUUACGCUUCCUAUUAUGAGCAGAAUUUCACGAAAAACAAUUGGAAAAGUUAGAGUGGACUACAUAAUUAUUAAGCCAAUUCAAGGAUACUUCUGUGAUAUGGAAGCUUCGUAUGCUAAAUACUGGAGAGAAAGAUCAGGACUAGAUGUCGGGCACAGGGGUGCAGGCAACUCUACAACAACCACCAAGCUUGCUAAACUUCGAGAAAAUACUGUUGCUUCUUUAAAGAAUGCUGCUAGACAUGGAGCAGCCUUUGUGGAAUUUGAUGUACAUCUUUCCCGGGAUCACAUCCCCAUCAUAUAUCAUGAUCUUACUUGUUGUAUUGCUAUGAAAAAGAAAGAUGAAACUGAGCCAUUGGAGCUGUUCGAGAUUGCAGUUAAAGAACUCACUUUUGCCCAGCUUCAGUUAUUAAAGCUGGCACAUGUGACUGCAUUGAAAUCCAAAGAUAGUCAAGAAUCAUUCAAAGAAGAAGACAAUGUUCCUUCUGACAUGCAACCAUUCCCCUCUCUACAAACUGUACUAGAAUCUAUUCCCGAAAGUGUUGGAUUUAAUAUAGAAAUCAAAUGGAUCUGCCAGCAAAAGGAUGGCUUAUGGGAUGGCAACCUUUCAACCUACUUUGACAUGAACAUUUUCCUAGAUAUAAUUUUAAAAACUGUUCUGGUCAAGGCUGGACAUAGGAGGAUCAUAUUUUCUUCAUUUGAUGCAGAUAUAUGCACAAUGGUCAGACAGAAACAAAAUAAAUAUCCCAUAUUAUUUCUAACUCAAGGAAAAUGUGAAACUUACCCAGAACUCAUGGAUCUCAGGUGCCGUACGACGGCUAUUGCCACGAGUUUUGCACUGUUUGAAAAUCUGUUGGGAAUUAAUGCACAUACCGAAGAAUUGCUAAUCAAUCCAUCAUUUGUUGAAGAUGCCAUAUCGAGAGGCUUGGUUGUCUUUUGCUGGGGUGAUGAAACAAAUGAACCAGAGAAUAGGAAAAAGCUGAGGGAAUAUGGAGUUCACGGUCUGGUAUAUGAUAGGAUUUAUGAUUGGAUGCCUGAACAGCCAAAUAUAUUCCAGACAGAGCAGCUAGAACGGCUGAGGAAGGAGGUACCGGAGCUGAAAAGCUGCAUUUGUCCCACCGUUAGCCACUUUAGUACUGUAGGACUAUGGGCGAGAAAGGUUGAACCUUUCUCCAACAACAGCAGAGAAGAGAACAAUACAGAGAAAACAUAGCAAGGGGAGAAGCCAUGCUGAGGAAUAAACAAACAAGUAGCUUUC